GGCUCCUGCCGCACUUUCUCUUUCUCUUUCUCACAACGAGGCGGCAGGAAGGCCAAGUGCUGAAGCUGGUCCUGCUGGCAGGGGUCCCGGGACAGCGGCCAGGGAAUGAGGGGUCCUGAGGAGGGACAUGGAGCCUCCGCGAGGCUGGGGGCCGCCGCCCUGGAGCCCAGCACCCAAGGCUGACGCCCUGAGCCUGGUGAGUCCCCUGAGCCUCUCUGUCCAGCUGUGCCCCAGUGCCCCCACUCCUGCCCCCGGGUGUACCCCUCAUUCUCCCUCCUCCCUGUCCCUGCCCUGGGAUGUCCCCCGCUGUGGGCAGACCCUCCGCCCUUCCCUGGGCUGGAGCCCCUCUGUUCACGGUGCCGCCUCCCUGGGAGCGCUGUGGACCCUCCGGGCUGCAGGUUACCGGGUGAAGCAGGCCUGUGGGGAGCAGACUGGCACAUUGUGUGCUCCCUGCACGCCAGGGACAUACACGGCCCACCUCAACGGCCUGAGCGAGUGUCUGCCGUGCCGAGUCUGUGACGCAGCCAUGGGCCUGGUGGUCAGGCGGCAGUGCUCGAGCACAGAAAACACCGAGUGUGGCUGCGACCAAGGCCACUUCUGUGUCAGCGAGGAGGGGGACGACUGUGUCGAGUGCCGGCCCCAUGCUGCCUGCAGACCGGGCCAGAGGGUGCAGGAGAGAGGCACCGAGUGGCAGGACACGGUGUGUGAAGACUGCCCGCCUGGGACCUUCUCUCCCAAUGGGACCCUGGGGGAGUGCCAGCCCUGGACCAAAUGCAGUGGCCCCUUUGAGACGGAAGUGAAACCUGGGACCAGCAGCACAGAUGUCACAUGUUCCUCCCGGGGCCUCAGCAUUUUUGUGGGCGUUCUCGUCGGGUUUGUGUUUUGUGGCCUCGUAGUCUUCGGGAUAUGGAUGAAAAUCAGAAGGGCGGCUGAGGGACCCGCUCGAGUGAGAUUCUUCUCUCAGUGGAAAUGGCGGCGUGCGGAAUGGGAAGUCACAGCUGCCCAGGCCGAGCAACUCAUGCCGGAUGUCACCACGGUGGCUGUGGAGGAGACAGCAUCCAUGUUCACUGAGAGGGACCAACAUGCUGGCCAACAGCUGCAGGUGCAGCUGUCUGAGAAAUCUCAGACUGCGCCUGCUGAAAGCUGCCAGGCCCUCAAGGGCUGAACGUGGGGACCAGGAGAGCCAACGGGACCCACUCCGGGGCUUGCUUCAGACUCUGUCCAGCAGAG